ACUCAGUGGUGGGCCCUGUUGCGCUCCAGCAUUGUACGCACCAAGGCAGGUUACGGCGUGCUCAGAUUCGAACUCAAGGACAAUGGGGCCUCCGCAUGCUGACCUGAAGGCUGAGUUCCCAGACGACUCGCUUGGCCGGGCUGUUCAAAGCUUGACGUCAGAUUGUUCGAGGCCCAGGCUCCUUCCAAUCCUGCAGGCAACCUAGGCUUGAGCCUUGAGCACUUCCAACAAGAAACCCUCAGGCUGUUCAGUGUUGAGACUCUGAGAGCUACUUUUUAGAAGCACUUCCAGGCGUCUUCGCUGCAGGAUCUGGUGAUUUGCACAAGGGUUAAUCAGAAUUAUGAACUGAGCUGAAUGCAUUGAUACAGAAAGGUAUAAAGGUUGCUGGAUUGAGUGGAUUGGGCCGGGCCGCAUGUACAAUCUUUUGAGACGGUGCUCAGAAUGUUACAACAAUGAUAUUGCGAGUUUUUGAAUGUCAGCCAGGAGCUCCGAUCGGACAUGUGACCUCCGAACAACCUCUCGCACUCCUGUCUGGCUGGCCGGUUUGCUCGUCUAGCAAGAUGGGGUGCGCCUGUGGAAAAGUCUGUAGAUAAGCCAAGCGCACUCGCGUUAGUUCUGGAUUGGCUGUGCGGAAAUCUCCGCAGCACAGCUGCAAGAGAGCUUUGUCACCACACGAUGCAGCCUGUUGUGGUGAAUGGUACUACUGCGGUUGUCACAGGAAGAAUUAGUCCUUCAGGGUCGGAAUCACCUCUUGUGGCACGCACAGGGCGGCACAAGCAACGAUACGAGAAUGGUGUGCGGCUGCUGGCUGGAUGCAUACCAUAUCGGACUGUUUCAAAAGUUGGUGCUGAUGGAAGGAGCCAAGACAUCACAGAGGUGCUGUUGAUUACGAGCCAACAUGGCAAGGCGCUUCUUUUCCCAAAGGGGGGAUGGGAGAUCGACGAAACGAUGGAGGAGGCUGCCCUUCGAGAGGCGAUGGAAGAAGCCGGCGUCAGGGGAGUUCUUGGGGAGGCUUUGGGAGCCUACGACUUCAAGAGCAAGCGGAAGGAACAGGAGGACGGGAAUUGGACGCAGUUAGAUUGUAGAGCAUAUGUAUACCCACUUCGUGUCACGGAAGAAAUGGAAACAUGGCCCGAGCAAGACAGCAGAUCACGAUCUUGGUGUCCUCUUGAUGAGGCUAUCACCAAGUUGCGACAUGACUGGAUGCAACAAGCGUUGUCACAAUGGGGAGCAACGCUUGGGCCUUCGGUCUUCUCCGCGUAGUUGUUUAAAUCAUGGGGUGUCAUUCAUAGUCAGGUAGCGUUUAGUUCUACAAACAGUAUCUAUGUGAAGCUGGGAACAGGUCAAGAAGGUACCGCAAGCAGCGUAGGUUUGAAAUUGAAUACCUGACGCUGCCUGGGCUCGAAUGGAAGAGAGACCUCUCGUAGUCUGGCGGCCAGUUGAUAUUUCGAGGGGCAGCAGUCUCAUCAGUUGAUACGCCAGAGGUUAGUAGAGGUCGAUUGUCUAGUCCUUGGAGAUGUGUACUGAGCACUCGAGCCCUUGUACAGGCCCGUGGAGAUUCGAUAUCAGCAGUUCGAGUGCAAGUAUGAUCCUUAGCAAGUUGCUCUGGUUUUCUCAUAGAUUGUUGCACUUGCUGUUGCACCUAUCCAAGAUUGAGCUACGCUUAACAAUCCAAGAAUCGAUUUGGGAACAGUAGGCGGCGCCUCUUCAUAUGGUAGAAAUCAUGUACUGUCUCUUGUAUUGUGCUUGGUUAAAGGCAAAGUGCAAGUCUGUCGUGGUCAGAUUUUGGCCUGUUCAUACGUCAUUCUAAACCGUG